CAACGAUCUGAUCAAUAUUGACAAAUAUAAAAAGAAGGAAGGAAUAUACUAUGCGGUCUAAAGUGACAAAUGAGAAUACUUGGGCUACAGAAUCGAAACAGAGAAGUAAGAACCUGCGACGAACGACGAGAAAAACGGAAUCCUCGGGAUUGUCGAAAUCUUCCAAGGGAAAUACAGCAUGGGAGAGAACUCUUAGGAGGCUGGAAAGCAAUGAACGCGAGCGUAUGCGGAUGCACUGUAUGAACGAUGCGUUCCAGUCCUUACGUGAAGUGAUCCCGCAUGUUACCAAAGAGAAGCGGCUCUCAAAAAUGGAGACAUUAACACUGGCUAAAAAUUAUAUAGUGGCUCUUACGGACGUAAUCUGUGCCAUGAGAAGCGAGGAGCGGUCAGAGGAUCAGCAAAGCAGCAGCUCUGAACGUCAAGAUUCGUCGAACAACGAACAGCGAUUGGAAUCGACUACUGUUUGUGUAAACAUUCCUGUUGCCUCCAGAUCCUGCGGUUCGGAGACUCAAAAUUUUUAUCAAAACAAACAUUCACGAUGGGAGAAAGACCAGGAUAAUAUUACAGGCCUCUGAAAAGUUACAGCGCUAAACGAUACUGG